UCUCUCUCUUCUUUUAAUACGCACACAAACUACACAUAUAUACAAUAUGGCAACUCAUCCACACCAGGAGUCACAACACCCACACCAUCACGAACUUCAACACCCACAACCUCUAGCUCAUGCGUAUCAACCAGCUCCUACUGCAUCAGGUGCAGCUGGUCACCCACAAGCACCUGUAGCCACUGCUGGUCAACCCGUGUUUGAUUUAACAAAGUUUUGGCAAGAAGAAAUGGCAAAUGCUGAAAGAUUUGAUUCUGAUUUCAAGAACCACGCGUUACCUUUAGCCAGAAUCAAAAAGGUGAUGAAGACAGAUCAAGAAGUGAAGAUGAUUAGCGCAGAGGCUCCAAUACUAUUUGCCAAAGGUUGUGAAAUAUUUAUCACCGAAUUGACUAAGCGUGCUUGGGUUCAUGCUGAAGAAAAUAAACGUCGUACAUUACAGAGAUCAGAUAUAGCAACGGCUAUAUCCAAAACUGACAUGUGUGACUUUUUGAUUGACAUUGUUCCCAGAGAAGAAGCAGCCAAAUCUACUGCUGUUUAUGAGCAUCAAAAUGCGUAUGCUAACAAUACUGCUUACUAUCCACAUCAAUAUGCUGUUGAUCCAGCUACAUAUUAUUCACAGCUACCUCAGUUUACAAGUGAUCAGGUGCAACAGUAUCAAAUGCAAUUACAACAGUUUGCCCAACAACAUCAGCACCUUCCACAUCAGCAGGAUCCUUCACAACAAGCUCAGGCGCAACAACAGCCGCACCAUCAACCACAACCACAGCCACAACAACCUUAUCAAGGCCAACAACAGCAGCAGGCACAACCACAACAACAGGCGCAUCAGGAUCAACACGUGAACCCAAAUGAACCCAAGUUAAAGAAUGAUCAGGCAUAAAUAUUCUUUUUUUUAAUUUUUUGACGCGAAUAAAGUUAUAGAGUUUAUUGAUAACCAGCUCCUUUAAGGCAAUCAUGGACAAACAUGGUUAAAAAAUCUCACGACGUGAAAAAUACCUCAAGAAUGCCAGUACCCCCAUUUUGGGGGAGAAAAAGGUAUGGGGGACCUUCUUGUGAUAAAGUCACAAUAGAAACCGGGUAAGCCAAGGGUAUUCUCUCAGUCAUCAUUUUGUGGUACACGCUUCUUUUGUGUUGAAAUUAAAUGUACCAACAGAGCUUAACAUUGACUAUAUAAAAGCGUUUGUAAUAAUGACACAGUUUUGUAUGAAUACAUUA